AUUAAUAUCAUUCUGUCUCAUUCUUUUCUAUACCACUGGAUCGCGAACUCUCACCUGUUUCCGACGUUCUCCUGCAAACCCUAGAGCAAAGAUGUCAUCCGAAAACAACAAAAAGCUGCGCGCCGAACUAUUUGAAGCUGGUCUGAAGAAUCGGCGCGAAGUCGUUGGAGAGGGCUAUGUCGAGACCGCGAUGCGCAAUGGCUCUAGCGAAUUCGCCUUUGCUCAACAAGAACUGAUUACGGAGUGGGCUUGGGGAAAUAUAUGGUCGCGUCCUGGCUUGGAACGCAAGCAGCGAAGCCUGCUAAACAUCGGCAUGCUCAUUGCUCUGAAGAGCUGGGCUGAAUUUGGAAUCCAUAUCCGAGGGGCGAUCAGAAAUGGGCUGACAGAGCUUGAAAUCCGCGAGGCGAUUCUUCAAGCGACGAUUUAUUGCGGUGCACCAGCGGGUGUUCAGGCUAUGAAGGUCGCCGACGAAGUCAUCAAAGACAUGGUUGAGAAAGGGGAGCACCAAAGGCAAUUGUCAGAAGUCUCACCGAACUACAAGAAACCCGAGUAGAUCACAAACCAAAUUUUGCGAUCUCGACACAGUGUACUCAGAGGGGAAUCAACAUUAUUCAAC